AUGUCCGCCAUUGUCCUGGAGAACCGAGGCUUAGGCAGGAAGUUCUCUGACUUUGGACAGGGAACAAGCUACAUUGAAGACAACUCUACUCCUAGUAGUGCUAUCUCGUUGAUCUUCUCCCUCAAAGAGGAAGUGGGCGCGUUGGCCAAAGUCCUGCGCUUAUUUGAGGAGAAUGGUAUAAAUCUGACCCACAUUGAGUCCAGACCUUCUCGUUUAAAGAAGGAUGAGUAUGAGUUCUUCACCUAUCUGGAUAAACCUAGCAUGCCUGCCCUGGAGAGCAUCCUUCAGAUCUUGAGGCAAGACAUUGGUGCCACUGUCCACGAGCUUUCCCGAGACAAGAAGAAAGACACAGUGCCCUGGUUCCCCAGAACCAUUCAAGAGCUGGACAGAUUUGCCAACCAGAUCCUCAGCUACGGAGCAGAACUGGAUGCUGACCACCCUGGUUUUAAAGAUCCCGUGUACCGAGCCAGACGGAAGCAGUUUGCUGACAUUGCCUACAACUACCGCCACGGGCAGCCAAUCCCUCGGGUGGAAUACACAGAGGAAGAGAAGAAAACGUGGGGCACGGUGUUCAGGACCCUGAAGUCCUUGUAUAAAACCCAUGCCUGCCACGAACACAAUCACAUUUUUCCACUUCUGGAAAAGUACUGUGGCUUCCACGAGGAUAACAUUCCACAGCUGGAAGAUGUUUCUCAGUUCCUGCAGAGUUGCACUGGUUUCCGCCUCCGGCCUGUGGCUGGCCUGCUUUCCUCUAGGGAUUUCUUGGGUGGCCUGGCCUUCAGAGUCUUCCACUGCACACAGUACAUCAGACAUGGGUCCAAGCCCAUGUACACACCUGAACCGGACAUCUGCCAUGAGCUAUUGGGACAUGUGCCAUUGUUUUCAGAUCGCAGCUUUGCCCAGUUUUCCCAGGAAAUUGGCCUUGCCUCUCUGGGUGCACCUGAUGAAUACAUUGAGAAACUUGCCACAAUCUACUGGUUUACUGUUGAGUUUGGACUCUGCAAGCAAGGCGAUUCCGUAAAGGCAUAUGGUGCAGGGCUCCUGUCAUCCUUUGGUGAACUACAGUAUUGCUUAUCAGACAAACCAAAGCUGCUACCCUUGGAGCUAGAGAAGACAGCUGUCCAGGAGUACCCCGUCACAGAAUUUCAGCCCCUGUACUAUGUGGCAGAGAGUUUUACAGAUGCCAAGGAGAAAGUGAGGAACUUCGCUGCCACAAUCCCUCGACCCUUCUCAGUUCGUUAUGACCCAUACACUCAAAGGAUUGAGAUCUUGGAUAAUACCCAGCAGCUGAAGAUUCUGGCUGACUCCAUCAAUAGUGAAGUUGGAAUCCUUUGCAAUGCCCUCCAGAAAAUAAAGUGAAGGCACAGACAGAAGCGGUCUGUCAUCUGCUAAUCACUGAUAGAAAUCCAACUGCUUCUUCUUUUUAUUUGAAAAAAAAUCUGGAAAGCAAACUUUGAUUUGAAAUGAUUGUAUUAAAUCCUCUUGGAGCAAGAUAUAGGGUCAACAAAUAAAUCAAAGUGAUCUCAAAUGACAGUAUGUUAGCAUAUGUCCAAAAAGACGAUGAUGUGUCUUUUGAGGCCUUACUUGAUUUGUCUAUAAUUUCAUAUUCUCAAUUGAUAUAAAUCAUUAAUCUGUCACAUAUUGUCAAGGCUACAUAA